GUCAAUCGUUUUGUUUGGGAAUCAGACGUGAAACAUUGCUGAUUAAAAUCGGUUUAGUUUUCUGCUUGAGAAAAGUGCAUUCUGUGUUAAUUGAUUCAAUCAAUAAAAUAUAAGUUAAAUUUUUUUUAAAUUGAAGACCAAAAAUGGAAGCAAGACCGUCCACAGCUUUAUCGGAUGCAACACCGACUGGAUCACAAACACAAAUUAUUACACCAGAUGAAAUACCCGAUCAGGGUGCACCCGUACUUCGCUUAAAUUUACGUAGAACAUCAGCCGAGAAAAAAGUGUCAUGGAACUCAGACACUGUGGACAAUGAGAAUAUGGGCAGAAAGAAAUCCAAAUGUUGCUGUAUUUAUCAAAAACCAUUGGCAUUCGGCGAGAGUUCAUCCGAGGAAGACGACGAUGAAUGUGAACAUUGCUUCGGUCACGUCGAAAAGAAGAAAAAGAAUCAAAAGAAGACACCUGGCGAUGGCGAAAAUCCCGAAACCAACGGACACGGUUCACAUGACCACCCCGAACCGUCAAACAUCAGUUGAUUUAAUUAAUUCGCAAUGUUCCUUUGAAUGAUAACUAUAAAAAUGCUUUUACCUAUAUAUUAAAGACAUAUGUGUAAAUUAACCUUUUUUUUAGUGUUUAAGACAAAAUUGGGUAAAAAUUAUUUUAAACAUUUUUUCCCCAAAUAUCAGCACACACGAAAAUGUCAACAAUUUUGAAAGUUCAUAAAACGGGAAUGUUUACAUUCAUAUUGAUUUAAUAUAAUAUAUUUGCGAAUGAAAUUUUAUAUGCUUUAUGUGUGGCUCUAUCUAUAGCAGAGAGUAGAAAACGCUGCCGCUAUAGUAAUACUAUAUUAACAGUGCCUAUAAAUAGUUACUAUUUGUACACAUUUCGAUUGUGUGACCACAACAAUUUUUGCGAACUCCAAUGUGAACAAUGUAACUCUUUAUAUGUAGAUUUUAAAUACAAAGAGUUACUAUAGCGGUAGUGUUUUCUACUCUCUGAUCUAUAGAGAGUAAAAAUCACUGGAAAAUUGAAAAGAAAUCCAACUAGAAUAGUAAUUUAUUGUCCAAUUUUAAAUUACCGUAUCCAUGAAUGCAUGUUCUAACAAAUCGAAUGAAAUUCAAUAAAAACAAAUGAGAACGAUUUAUCGAGAGAAAAUA